UUCUCAUCCCAGUUUCCCUCACUGCAGACUUCUCACCACAUACAAGUGGGAAUACUUCAUCAUGGGUGUGGACAUCAAGGGCCUCUUCAAGCCCAAAGCUGAACAACAAGAACACUCCCAAGCCACAACGCCUUCAAGGACCGACUCAAUUGCGGAGAAGGACAAUGGCAUCAUCGACGACAGCCCUGUCAAGUACCUAACAUGGCGGUCAUUCAUCCUGGGUAUCGUUGUGUCCAUGGGUGGUUUCAUCUUCGGUUACUCUACUGGUCAAAUUUCCGGCUUCACAACAAUGGCAGAUUUCAAGAAGCGCUUCGCCGAGCGCCAAGCAAACGGCGAGUACGUCUUCAGCAACGUCCGCAACGGUCUAAUCGUCGGUCUUCUCUGCAUUGGAACCAUGAUCGGAGCCCUCGUCGCCGCCCCCAUCGCCGACCGCAUUGGCCGCAAACUCUCCAUGUCCUUCUGGUCGAUCAUCCACAUCGUCGGUAUCAUUAUCCAGAUCGCCACUGACUCCAACUGGGUCCAGAUUGCCAUGGGCCGUUGGGUUGCCGGUCUCGGUGUCGGUGCCCUCUCCAGCGUCGUCCCCAUGUACCAAUCCGAAGCUGCACCCCGCCAGGUCCGUGGUGCCAUGAUCUCGGCCUUCCAGCUUUUCGUCGCCUUUGGUAUCUUCAUCUCUUAUAUCAUCAACUACGGUACCGAGUCGAUCCAAUCCACUGCCUCGUGGAGAAUCACCAUGGGCAUCGGUUUCGCUUGGCCACUGAUCUUAGGUCUCGGAGCUCUUUUCCUGCCCGAGUCCCCCCGUUACGCUUACCGUCUUGGCCGUAUUGACGAGGCCCGCAAGGUCAUGGCCAAGCUCUAUGGUGUUGAGGUUAACCACCGCGUUGUCGUCCAAGAAAUGAAGGACAUGAAGGAUAAGCUCGAGGAGGAGCGCGCUGCUGGUGUUGCUCCCUGGCACGAGGUUGUGACUGGCCCCCGUAUGCUCUAUCGUACUCUUCUUGGUAUUGCUCUGCAGUCCCUGCAGCAGCUCUCUGGCGCAAACUUCAUCUUCUACUACGGUAACUCCAUUUUCACCUCCACCGGUCUCAACAACAGUUACGUCACCCAGAUCAUUCUUGGUGCCGUUAACUUCGGUAUGACCCUGCCUGGUCUGUACAUUGUCGAGCACUUUGGUCGCCGUGCUAGUCUGAUGGUCGGUGGUGCCUGGAUGGCCAUCUGCUUCUACAUCUGGGCUUCUGUGGGCAACUCCGUUCUUGAUCUUGACAACCCGCAGAACACCCCCAAGGCCGGAGCCGCCAUGAUCGUGUUCACCUGCUUCUUCAUCGCCGGUUUCGCCACCACAUGGGGUCCCAUCGUCUGGUCCAUCUGCUCUGAGAUGUACCCCAACCGCAGCCGCGCCACAAGCAUUGGCAUUGCCACUUGUGCCAACUGGACAUGGAACUUCCUGAUCUCCUUCUUCACCCCAUUUAUCUCAGGCUCCAUCCACUUUGCCUACGGCUACGUGUUUGCCUCCUGCUGUGUUGUUGGUGUCCUUAUCGUCUUCUUCUUCGUCAACGAGACCCAGGGCCGUACCCUCGAGGAAGUCGACACCAUGUAUGUCUUGCAUGUUGUCCCCUGGAAGAGUGCUUCCUGGGUUCCCGAUGAGAGCAUCGUCCGUGAUCUCCACCCUGGUUCCGAUGCUAACAAGACUGAGGGCCUUGGGCAGGCGGAGCAUGGUGAGGAGAGCAGGCCGGAGCCUGUGGAGAUUCGGGAGUGAGUGUUCCACCUUCUAUACAGUUAGAGAGGGUGUGAUGUGUAUUACUAUUUGAUGGUUCAUGAGAGAUGCUGUGAAACCAUUAACAUGAGAAAAGAAUAAUUUAAAUACUACUAUUGCAUCUUAGGGCUUA